UUUAGCUGACCACAGAUGAAAACAAAAUCCAUAAUGGCAGCGCUAGAUUUUAUAAAAAACGCAAGUGAGGAGUUGAAGGAUGUGGCUUGUUCUGUUUGGAUGAUGCAGGAUUGCUUUAAGCAGUAAGCUUACUGUUUUCAGAUGGCAUUAGCAGCAUCAGUGAUAUAGCUGUGUCAGCCUCCUUGACUACUGGAUGUCUGUAAUCGCACGGAGGGAACUAUAUUUAAGAUCUGAUAUCUUGAGGGUAAUGACUCGAGCACUUACUGAUGGGCAGAAUGGCUGUUAAUGCUUUCUUCACUAGCCCUGAAGAUUUUGAAAGGUAGAUGGGUCUGUGAUGUACUUCUGUAAGACAGGAAAUGCAAUUUUUGGGGGUCUCUGGAAAUAGAAAGGUCAUGCAGCUUGGAACCGGUGAGACAUUACAGUCUCUAAGUCAUCAGAUGGGGAAGCUGAGGCACAGAGAUUAAGUGAAUUUCCCAAGGCCACACAGCAAGUCAGUGGCAGAUCCAGGAUUAGCGCUCGGGGACUUCCUGGAUCCCUCUCCCAUGCUUUAAGCAGUAGACCACAGUGUUCACUGGACUCAGCAAGCAACUCAUUGCAAUAAUGGACAGUUCCAAGGACUCGUACCUGAGGAAUGAUGAAGAGGCUGUUGUGGAUAGAGGUGGAACUCGCUCCAUUCUCAAGACACAUUUUGAAAAGGAAGAUCUAGAAGGCCAUCGAACAUUGUUCAUUGGAGUUCAUGUGCCACUGGGUGGAAGAAAAAGUCACCGACGCCAUAGGCACCGUGGGCAUAAACACAGAAAGAGAGACAGAGAGCGAGAUUCAGGAUUAGAAGAUGGGAGAGAGUCUCCUCCGUUUGAUACCCCAUCACAAAGGGUGCAGUUUAUUCUGGGUACAGAAGACGAUGAUGAGGAACACAUUCCUCAUGAUCUUUUUACUGAGCUUGAUGAAAUUUGUUGGCGUGAAGGAGAGGAUGCGGAGUGGAGGGAGACAGCAAGGUGGUUGAAGUUUGAAGAAGAUGUAGAGGAUGGUGGAGAGAGGUGGAGCAAGCCCUAUGUUGCCACGCUGUCACUUCAUAGCUUGUUUGAGCUGAGGAGCUGUAUCCUGAAUGGCACAGUCCUUUUGGACAUGAGAGCUAAUUCCAUAGAAGAAAUUGCAGAUAUGAUUCUGGACCAGCAGGUGGGUUCUGGGCAGCUCAGCGAGGAUGUUCGUCACAGAGUGCACGAGGCAUUACUGAAACAGCAUCACCAUCAAAACCAGAAGAAGCUGAGUAACAGGAUCCCAAUUGUGAGAUCCUUUGCUGAUAUUGGAAAGAAGCAAUCGGAGCCUCAUUCCAUGGAUAAAAAUGCAGGUCAGAUUGUUUCCCCACAGUCUGCUCCAGCCUGUAUUGAAAACAAAAAUGAUGUGAGCAGAGAAAACAGCACUGUUGACUUUAGCAAGGUUGACCUACACUUUAUGAAAAAGAUACCGCCUGGAGCUGAAGCAUCAAACAUCUUAGUUGGUGAACUGGAGUUCCUGGACCGUGCGGUUGUUGCUUUUGUUAGGUUAUCCCCUGCAGUGCUGCUUACAGGAGUAGCAGAAGUUCCGAUUCCAACGAGAUUUUUGUUUAUUCUUCUUGGACCACUGGGUAAAGGGCAACAGUACCAUGAGAUUGGAAGAUCAAUUGCAACACUAAUGACAGAUGAGGUGUUCCAUGAUGUUGCUUACAAAGCAAAAGACCGCAAUGACUUGGUGUCUGGAAUUGAUGAGUUUCUUGAUCAGGUUACUGUUCUCCCUCCCGGAGAGUGGGACCCAACAAUUCGAAUAGAACCACCAAAAAAUGUUCCCUCUCAGGAGAAGCGCAAGAUCCCAGGCGUGCCAAAUGGAACUGCAGCCCAUGGGGAAGCAGAGCAACCUGGAGGACACUCUGGACCAGAACUGCAACGCACUGGAAAAUUUUUUGGAGGAUUGAUUUUAGAUAUAAAAAGGAAAGCUCCCUUCUUCUGGAGUGACUUCAGGGAUGCUCUCAGUCUGCAGUGUCUGGCAUCAUUUUUAUUUCUCUACUGUGCUUGCAUGUCUCCUGUCAUCACAUUUGGUGGUCUGCUGGGAGAAGCAACUGAAGGUCGUAUAAGUGCAAUAGAAUCGCUGUUUGGAGCAUCCAUGACUGGAAUUGCCUACUCCCUCUUUGGCGGGCAGCCUCUCACUAUACUUGGAAGCACAGGACCAGUUUUAGUGUUCGAGAAGAUCUUAUUCAAAUUUUGCAAAGAGUACGGAUUGUCAUACCUUUCUCUGAGAGCUAGCAUUGGACUGUGGACUGCAAUCCUGUGCAUCAUCCUUGUUGCAACUGAUGCAAGCUCCCUAGUCUGCUACAUUACCCGGUUUACUGAAGAAGCUUUUGCUUCUCUUAUCUGCAUCAUUUUCAUUUAUGAGGCCUUAGAGAAGCUAUUUCAUCUCAGUGAGACAUAUCCAAUCAACAUGCAUAAUAAUUUGGAUCUGCUGACAAAGUACUCAUGCAAUUGUGUGGAACCAGAACAUCCUAGCAAUAAAACCUUACGAUACUGGCAGGACUACAAUAUAUCUGCAUCUGAUGUGCCAUGGGGGAACCUAACUGUGUCAGAAUGUAAAAAGUUUCAUGGAGAGUUUGUUGGACGAGCCUGUGGACAUCAUGGCCCUUAUGUUCCAGAUGUCCUCUUCUGGUCUGUCAUCUUAUUCUUUUCUACAGUAACGCUGUCAUCCACACUGAAGCAGUUCAAAACUAGCCGAUACUUCCCAACAAAGGUACGAUCUGUUGUCAGCGAUUUUGCUGUUUUUCUCACUAUUUUGUCCAUGGUUUUAAUUGACUAUGCCAUUGGGAUUCCAUCACCAAAACUUCAAGUUCCGAAUGCUUUUAAGCCCACCAGAGAUGAUCGUGGCUGGUUUAUUACUCCUUUGGGGCCUAAUCCUUGGUGGACAGUGAUAGCUGCUGUAAUUCCAGCCCUACUUUGCACUAUCCUUAUCUUUAUGGACCAGCAGAUCACAGCUGUCAUUAUCAAUAGAAAAGAACACAAACUGAAGAAAGGAUGUGGAUACCAUCUCGACCUACUCAUGGUGGCAGUCAUGCUUGGAGUGUGCUCUAUUAUGGGAUUGCCGUGGUUUGUUGCAGCUACUGUCCUCUCUAUUUCCCAUGUGAAUAGCUUAAAACUGGAAUCAGAGUGCUCUGCUCCAGGGGAGCAGCCAAAAUUUCUUGGAAUCCGUGAGCAAAGAGUCACAGGGCUCAUGAUUUUUAUCCUUAUGGGCUCAUCUGUCUUUUUGACAAGUAUCCUGAAGUUUAUUCCUAUGCCGGUACUUUAUGGAGUAUUUCUUUACAUGGGUGCUUCAUCUCUAAAGGGAAUUCAGCUUUUUGACAGGAUAAAGUUGUUCUGGAUGCCUGCAAAGCACCAGCCAGAUUUUAUUUAUCUGAGGCAUGUUCCUCUUAGAAAGGUCCAUCUCUUCACCAUAAUUCAGCUGAGUUGUCUUGUGCUUCUGUGGAUUAUAAAGGUUUCAAGAGCUGCCAUUGUCUUUCCUAUGAUGGUCCUAGCUUUGGUGUUUGUCAGAAAACUCAUGGAUUUCUUUUUUACUAAGCGGGAGCUCAGCUGGUUAGAUGAUUUGAUGCCUGAGAGCAAGAAAAAGAAACUGGAAGAUGCUGAGAAAGAGGAAGAGCAAAGUAUGCUAGCAAUGGAAGAGGAAGGAACUGUUCAGUUACCACUGGAAGGACAUUACAGAGAUGACCCAUCUGUGAUAAACAUUUCGGAUGAAAUGGCAAAAACUGCUGUGUGGAAGACAUUGUUGAUAUCCUCAGAGAAUGCAAAAGAUAAGGAGUCAAGCUUUCCUUCUAAAAGUGCUGAAAUCAGAAAAGAGAAGAAAGCUGACUCAGGGAAAGGUGUUGACCGGGAGACUUGUCUAUGACUUGUUCUUCAACUAAUUUUUUUACAAAUGAAUGAAAGGAGUGCCACAACCACUAAAUAUAUAUGAUUUACCGUGUAACUUUUGUCUUUCAUCUCAGACUAGCACAGGUAAUGUAGUGCAAUAUUUGUUUCAUUUCACCUUGUCUACAUGUCUGUAUCAUCUAGUAUCUGUGUAAAUGUCUGCAGUAGCCAGUGCAAAAAGUCUUUAUGUUCUUUGCUGAUACUGGCCAUUUAUCAGUGUUUGUACCAUAAAUCUAAUAAGCAAAUUUUUCUUUCAAAUUCAACUUUAGUGGUAAUAGGUUUGUACUGUAUUUUACUACUUUUUUCUGUGUGAGAAUACUUACUAAUCUUUAUUCAAGAUUAAAAACCACCUAACUCACGUAAAUGAUUUCAGGAAAGCCAAACUGACAGCAAACAUUAAAGAAGUUUUUAAAGUAACAGCUGAUCUGACCCUGUGAACAAACUAACAAGGAUAAUCCUUUCCUCCUCAAGCUGUCCUUCUGAAGUCAUGGAUUACUCUUGCGAUGAGGAUUGCAGGGUUAGAUUCUGUAUUUGUGAAAUUUUCCUUGAUUUAAUACAGUGUAUUUAAUAUUCAAAUUUGUAUGUAGAUGGAACAUAGUCAUAUAUAUUUAAAAAUAUGUACUAGAACAUUCCCUUACCUUAGUUGAAAAACUCCACCACAUCCUUUGAUGUGUGAAACAUGGGUACGGUAUUUCUUAAUAUUCAAUCUGUGAUUACAGUAUCUUAUCUUGUAUUGUAUGACUGUUGCUGUGGUUGGCCAAACAACUAAAUUAUGUCAAUAAUCAAUCUAUUAUUUUAUAAUAAAGAAAAAUUUGUAGAUACAAGCUAUAUCCCACAUGCAGUUAUAUCACCUGCCCAAUGUUUUUCUUCUUCAUUGCCUAAAAUACAGCCACAUAAAGGGCAUAUUUAUAUUGGCCUCUCUACCAACAACUGUAAACCUCUUAAUUUCAGAGAUUAAGUGUAUAAUACUUAAUAUGCUGAUGUUGAUUUUGUUACAGUUCUUCACUAUUCCAUCAAGUACAUUGAUUAAAAGAUAAAAACAACUUUACAAAGUAAAAUGUGGCUUUAAAAUUAUUGCAAAGAUGUUUUUCAUAAUGGAUUUUGUUACUGCCUGAUCCUUCAUGCCAUUCUUUUGUGUAAAACAAGGACUGUGAGAUUAGGUAUUGAAUUCAUAGAGAUGUGGAGAAACAGUUUUGUUGAGUAAUUUGGAAUUCACUGAUUUUUAAAUUUUUUUAAGGUAAGUUUUUAAAUUACUAAAUGAAAGAUAACUCUCGUUAUUAUGCUAUUACCUUGAAUCCUACCAAUACGAAUUAGUCUUGUAAUCUUUGUAAUAAUUCAUCUACAGGAAUCUAGCAUUCCCCAGCUUUCUAAAAUAUGAUAAUCUUUCCACAGAUUUCAUGCAAACAACAUUUCAGAUGCAUCACAUUUUAAUUAUUCCUUUUAAUGUUUCUGUGUGUGCGAGAGUGUGUGAUGUUUUACUACUGUAGCCAUAAAUGAUAACUGCAUUUUGCUGCAAACUAAUAGGGUUGCUGUUUUGAAUUUGACUUUGCAUUAUCAAAGCCCAUUAAAGCCAUUUUUAUGGAGGAAAAAAAAUAUAAUGGACACAAGGAUUUACAUUUAACUCAAUGUUUGUAAAUUUAGGAAAAAAAAAAAGCUGAUGCAUUAAGCUAAAAUGCUUUGUUUUGUGUACUUGAUAAACUGUAAGAUUCCAAUUGUUUUAAGAUUAGUAUAGAAGUUCAAUACUGGUUUGUCCCGAGAGCAGCCUGGUGGUGUUUUAAUAUGUUGCUGACUUUGUUACAGAUAACAUAUACAAUCAAAAUGUAUUAGUUUCACUUGACCAACUCUUAGAAUAUUAAGAAAUCAGUAUAUUCAAUGGCAUUCUGUAUUUCUGUUCAGUAUUUCAGAGUGGUUUUAUUUUAAAGCACUCUGUUCUUGUGUGAAUUUAAAUGCUAUUCCAAUGUUAAUCUUAACGUUCUGAAAUCACACACAAUAUAAAGCAAAUGUAGUGCUAUAUUUACUUCUAAUUUAAUAUUCCUGGUCAAAAUUACUCAAUUUCUUGGAUGUAAUUUAUUACAGAAGUUUAUGUGUACAUGUGAAUAGACUGUUGUGUUUUUCACAAGACAUGUUAUGUGAAAAUAAAUAUUUAUCCUAACUAA